CAGGGAUGUGCCACAUUCCAGACCAGGGACCCCACCAGAUUUUUUUCUCUGCGAUAAUGGCUUUGGCCUGCAUCUCUUAUCGCAUCUCGAAAUUUCCCAUUUUCCAUCACCACCGGUCAGCACCCGUCACAACGCAAAGAUGGGUCUGGCACAGGCGAAGACUCGCCGGAAGAUCGGCAAGGAUCCCAACAACACAAAAUGGACCAAGGACCUCGACUCCUUUGGCCAGAAGAUCCUGCGAUCACAGGGUUGGGAACCUGGCCAGUACCUCGGUGCAAAGGACGCCGCGCACGCGGUGCACCACACGGCUGCCAAUGCCUCCUUCAUUCGCGUCGCCCUCAAGGACGACAUGCUCGGUCUCGGUUUCAAGCAGGCAAGGGAUGACAGGGUCACCGGCAUGGACGUCUUCUCCGACCUCCUGGGACGCUUGAACGGCAAAUCCACUGAGGUCAUUGCCAAGGAGCAGGAGGCUCGUACGGCGCUCAAGAGCACAUUCUACUGCGACAAUAAGUUUGGUCCCAUGCGCUUCGUGAGCGGCGGAUUCCUCGUCGGCGACAAGAUCAAGGAGGAACCCACGACCGAAGCGAAGGACAAGGUUAGUGACGAUGACGACGACGACGUCAAGAUGGAGGACGCCCCCGAAUCGAGCAAGAAGUCAAAGAAGCGCAAGGCCGAGGAUACGAGCGAAGACGAAUCCUCUUCCUCCGAGGACGAGAAGGCGAAGAAGAAGCGGAGGAAGGAGGAGAAGAAGGAAAAGAAGGAGAAAAAGCGCAGCAAAUCAAAGUCUGCGACCAAGGAGGAUGCUUCCGAAGAUACCCAGGACGAGACAACGGAGAAGAAGACGAAAAAGGACAAGAAGAAGAGCAAGAAGGCCAAGAAGGAGGCCGCCGCCGACAGCGACGACGACGAAUCUUCAGACGACAAGUCGUCAAAGAAGAAGCGCAAGGGCGAGACGGAUGUAGAGAAGGCUGCGAGGAAAGAAGAGAAGAAGCGCCGCAAGGAAGAGAAGCGCGCGAAGAAGGAGGAGAAGCGUGCGUCCGCAUCAACAACACCGACGGUCAGCGGUACGUCAACGCCGGUGCUCAGAGGCCACCAUGCUGUGAGAUCACGGUGGAUCGCGCAGAAGAGGAUGGCGACUAUGGAUGACAAGGCAUUGAACGCGAUUUUCAUGGUCAAAUCGCAAUCUUGAUAGACUAGCAAGUAUUAGACAGUUAAUGACACUUUCCCGGCGCCUUUACCUCCUUCGAAUUUGCAGUCCACCAGUAUCAUCUCGGUGGUAUUUGGGUUACUGAGCUAGUUGGUCAGGCUGGUGUUGUGUUGCAUGAAGACGCCAGAAAAUGCAGUCGACCCAAUCUCCCCUCAUGGCGCAUACUUCUACCUUAAGCAAGGUAGAGAGAGUGUGUGUCAAUGGGUCCAAUCAAGGCCCGCUCAUCAGCGCCCGGCUUAUGAAGGAAUCGGAAGCCGCCGAGACAAAUUACCGGCACGAAGUUGCCGCAUCCAUUCGAAUCUCACAUAAGUACCAUGCUUCUGCCGUGCCCCACCGUUAGCUUUCCAAUUACAUG